AUGCGUGCCGCCAUCGCCAUCGUGCUCGCCUGCCUGGCCACCUUGUCAGCUGCAACAAGUCACCCAGCCAACGAUUCUCAGUCGAUGCUGAAUAGGCGCGGGUAUGGUAAGUAGUUGUGCAUCUCACCCUGCUCGUCAUGCAAGCUCACAAAUCUCUCGCGGCGACGUGUCACACGCAGGCGAAACGUCGUCGGCUGCCUACAAUGCUGUUGUGAGUCAACUUGGCAGAGAGAGAGAGAGUCGAGCCGGUUUCUUAAAGCUUUGCCUCUGGUCCUACGCACGCUGACCGAGCUUGUCGAAACCCCCGCACAAGGCGCAUGCAAUGGGCAAUCAUCAUCUGGAAGCACAUGCAGUCCAUGACGUGCACGGCAAUCCCUACUUCAUUCAAGCGCAAUCAAAAGAGCAUGGAGCAUUUCGCUUCGCACGAUGGACGCCACAUGAGGGUGUUACGGUUCACAUUCCUCCGCUCCGUCAGCAAUAUCUUGGGUAUGGGCUUAUUGUGAGUUGUUCUUAUCGCGUCGCCUGCACAUCUUGUUGAAGUCGCCUCUCCACCCAUUGGCCCGCUGCCAUCUUUCCAGGCGGAUGCGCAGAGGGCUCAUCCGGAUUCUCACCACACUUUCGUCAACAAGAUGCCGCACGAAAAUUUGGAGCACAAGGUGUUGCACCAGCACAGGGUCAACUUGGAGUCGGCGGCUUUGAUGGCCAACAUGAAUGCACACACUCACCAGCUUGGCACGGCUGCUCAUAGGCCGAUCAAUGUUGUCGAAUCUCACCCAGCAAGUCCCGCCGAGCCUCGACCCGACGCAUUGGUCGGAACAUCCAGAGCAGGCGCCUCCUCCUCCAAUCCUGUACACUUGGACUCUCCAAAGCCUGCCUCUACUUCGAAAAUACCACCGUGGAUGGUGAAUGCUCUCAGAAAUCCAGGUGGAAAGGCGGAAGGAGCUAGCAGCUCUGGCACGUCCAAGCUGCCACCUUGGUUGCAAAAGGCAAAGGAAGAGCUGGCAGCCAAAGAGGCGGCUGAAAAGGCAGCAGCAGCAGCAGCAGCAAAAGAAGCAGAGAAAAAGGCAGCUGCCACGACCUCCUCUUCAGCCAGCUCGACCGAAAAGAAGCGCUCUCGCACAAACUCGUCCGAGGAUGCACCUGCCGCACAGCGCACGCGCACUUCUUCUCCGCCCACGACUCAGGAACGCCGCGAAUUGUCAGCGCAUCCGGAGCUGUUGAAGCGAGUGAGUUUGUAGGGAUCAGAGACGUUGCGUACUCCGAUGCAUCUCCGACUAAUUCUUGGACGCGACGCAACCCAGACCGUCGAGCCUGUCGAACAGGAAGCAUACGCCGGCUCUUUUCUAGAAGCGCGCAGCAAAUGGAACAUUGUUCGAAAUUGGUUCAAGACUGAUUUCAAAGAGCAACCCAUCACGGGUAAGGCACCUCUGGGUGGUGCGGUACGUCUCAAAGUGAGUUGCGCCAGCAGCAACGUAUGCACCACCGAUUCACGGUCCCACGCAGGUCUAGCAUGGCUCGAUGCUGAGCCGCUCAUCGCACCUUUUAUCCAAUCUAGGAAAAUCAAAGGUGGGCCGUGCUGGUGCAGCACCCCAACUUGCAGGUAAAGCACGAAUGGGUGGGAGGCAAGUACAGAAGAUUCAAUGGCAUUCCGUAUCAGGGAACGGGGAUCAUGACGGGCCAUACAAUCAGGCAAGAAGUGAGUCUAGAUAUGAGGGGGGUAUAUGUGCCAAUACGUUUUCAUCGCCUGCUUGCUGAGGCGUAAUUCGCCUCGAUCCUCGACGCCAGUCAGCCAAAGCCCUCGCCGAAGGCAAAAAGGUUACAAAGUUUCCCUACGACGUGCAAAAUCGUUUUCCCCCUCUGCACCAAAUGGCCUUUCAAGAGAAGAUGAUAUUGCGCAUCGCACAAGCAAAGGCGACGGGCGGUAAAGUGAGCACAAAGCUGGACAGACCCAAGCCUGCAGGCGGCGCUCCUGAAAGUGCUCUGCCUGCUGAACCUUCGGGCUCUGGCAAGUAG